AUGAAGCUAUACACGUUCCUGGAAUGUGUUGCCAUUUCGGCUUGGGCUAUCUCGCCAGGCAAUGCCGCCGCCAAGACGUACAAAACUUGUCGCAAACUUCCAAAAGACCCCGAUUGGCCGAAUCCUGAAAUAUGGGAGGCAGCAUUACCGGGUGUAAUCCCGAUACAGCAAAAUUCUACGACCGGUCCUCUCCCAAAUUAUCGAUUCCGCGCACACUCUAUUGAAGAUGUGCAGGCUGCCGUAAGGUUUGCCACGGAGCAAAACGUCCGCCUUUCUGUCAUCACCACAGGGCAUGACCAGCUUGGUCGAAGCGACGCUGGAUCAGGUCUUCUGCUUGAUCUGUCUUUUCUAAGAGGCAUCAAAGUUCAUGAAUCUUUUGUUACAACUGAGGGUGGCACAGACAGGCUCGAUCACACAGCGAAAACCAAUGUCAUCACCCCAGUCCCUGGUGUUCAAGCUGCUGUUACGUUUGGGCCAGCGGCAGCUGGGCUCUAUCUCAACUACGGACUUGACCUCUCUGGCUUGUUUACCGUGAGCGGAGCUGCAGCAACCGUGGCUGUGGCCGGAGGAUGGGGUCAGAAUGGCGGCUAUGGGCCGCUCACCGCCCAGUACGGGCUCGGAGUCGAUCAGUGGCUAGAAGCCAAAGUGGUGACACCCGACGGGCAGCUUCGCAUCGCAAACGACAAAGCCAACAGGGAUCUCUUCUGGGCCAUUCGUGGCGGAGGCGGCAGCACGUUUGGUGUCGUCGUCGAAGCCACCUGGAAAGUGUAUCCUACAGUUCCUAUGACAGGGUUCAAUUGGUGGAUCAACUCAACCCUUAUAGGUCCAAAUGCGACUGACUAUGAAGUUGGUCGGACACCAAUGAGCGAGGCCAUGGAAUACCUCUUGUCAGAGUUGCCAACCCUUCAAGAGAAGGGCAUCACGGCGUACAUUUAUGCCUCGCCGACCAGCGUUCGAUGCUAUGCCAUUCAUCCUGCAGAUCGUUCUAGCAUCGCGAAUGCAAACGCCGUAUGGGGUCCCAUUUUGUCCAAGAUGCAGUCAUUCCCCGGCAUGACGCCUUUCCAAUCGCGUCCUUAUGACUUUGUCGAUUACAAAGACUUCUUCGACACAACCUAUGGCCCGCUUCCGAAUCCAGGAGGUGAACCCACCCAGCCUUACAACCGCGGCAUCGUCCCCUUUGACACUCGACUACUGGGCGCCGAGCACUUCCGCAGUCCCAACAUAACCUUUGCGCUACGUGAAACGAGAGGCAACUAUGGUAUCCUGGUUUGCUCGCCGGGUGGGAGACUUGGUGAUGGAUCUGAGACCUCAAACAACCCAGGUUGGCGGAAGGCUGUCGCACUCCUCGUUGGAUUCAAGUCGAAUACAACCAACGUAGACGGGCUACGGCGUCUUGCUCCCGACAUGGGGACAUAUAUCAACGAGGCGAGCACAGAACAGGAACACUGGACUUCAGCCUUUUGGGGCACAAACUACCCACGCCUUUCUAAAAUCAAAUCCGAGAUUGACCCAAACAUGACGUUCUGGACGAGCCCUGGAAUCAAUGCCGACCACAUGGAAACGGUCGAUGGGCGUGCUUGUGUUAUCGAAAACCCGUCCGAUGAGCCCCCUCUGAUCCCUCCACCAACCGACAGACAUGUUAUCGCGGACCUAGCCAAGGAUGGGCAUUUUCUCUUUGGGAGCAGGGAACUUAUAGGCGUCGCGUACCCGGCUCCUGGAACGUGGGAGGGCUUACAGUCCCCUAAGAAGGAAUCAGUGUACUCACCAAUGAAUCUACCUCCAGCCGGUGAUACUCCAUGGCAUACCACGCUAUGGCUCGGCCCACGCCAACAGACACCUUUUCAGCAGGGUGAAACAUUCACCGCUGGACCUUCAUGCUACAGGCGAAGCUCUGCUCACCCAGAAUGGCCCACAUGGCGGUGGAGUAAGGGCCAUCGCCUGCACGAUAUUUCGUCUCUUUGCGACGUAUGUGAUAAGAUUGAUAUCACAGAACUUGCUGAGCGAGGGGGUCCAAUGUGCCUCAAUAGUUCCCUCAGCGCCGUAACUCUCGCAUCGAGAACUUGCAGGUUUUGCGCCUUAAUAUGCCAAAGCGCCAAAGGCUGGGCACAGUCUCGGGAUUUUGACAAUGCGGAGGGGGCUAUGGACACCAUCAGUAGCAUACUCCUAGAGUGGCGGGCCGGAGAGUUGUUCAUUUUUAUCCCGUAUGCGAUAGGAUUGGCAAACUUUCGGCCUUCGAUUGCUAAUGGCUUGGUCUUGGGAAGAUUUCAAAUCCACCAUAAGGAAGACAAGACAUCGGCACCUCAGACCGAUGUUAUUGACGCCUCCAACCAAGCUACGGGCCCCCUACAGUCUACCACUCUGCACCGCCUGACAGCAGAACUGCGCGAGUUCAUCAACUCUCCUUGCUGUGAGAUUUGCACACCCCAACAAACACGCGCAAACCACGCUAGAGGGUUGCAGACCACCCCGGAUACGACUCCUUUCCUCCCAGAUCGAGUUAUUGAGAUUUUAGACUCGUCUACCGCAGAUCCCGUGAAACUUCGUCUUCGGACGACGCAAGGGAUGACAAGGGGCCAAUAUAUCACCUUGAGCCAUCGAUGGGGGGGCGAAACACCGCUCAAGACCACAAAAGACACACUAAAUUCGCGCAUCAAGGGCUUCACCUUGACCGACAUGCCACGAACCUUUCAGGACGCUAUUCUCGUAGCCAUAGCUUUAGAGAUCAAGUACGUCUGGAUCGAUUCUCUGUGUAUCGUUCAGGAUGAUCAACAGGAAUGGCUUGAGCAAUCGGUGAAAAUGGGGUCUGUUUACGCUAAUUCUACCUACACGGUCGCCGCCCAUUCCGCGAAACAAUGUCACGAAGGCUUUCUGUGGAGAUGUCAGGUGCCUUCAGAUCUUUGCAUCAGUCCUCAGCGCGGCGGCCCCGAGUUCUUUGUGCCAAUCCCUGAACUGCACGACGCGCACGUCCGUCGACUCUUCUUCGAUGGCGAGCUAUCUCAACGGGCAUGGGUUCUUCAGGAGCUUACCCUGUCUCCUAGAAUCUUGCAUUUCGUCGAGAACGUUCUCAUCUGGGAAUGUGAGCAUCGUUCCCCGGAUUUUCGAGGCCUAGUCGCAAGAACGUCUCAACGAGAGUGGGCUAUGCUCUACCCGAACACUCCGUACCUCCAAGUCUCGCUAGAUACCUCAGCAACACUAUUCAGGAAGGCAGGUCUUGACCUAGGACAUCACUCUGCGUGGCGAGAGCUAGUUCAGCAGUACUCCAGCUGCCAGAUGUCCCGAAAGAGUGAUAAGUUGGUCGCCGUCGCUGGUAUCCUUGAUUUGUUACGCAGCAGCAUUUCCGACCCUGAAGAGAGACAUUACCACUGCGGAGUGUUCCAGUCAGACAUUGACAGGUCUCUCAUGUGGUACAGGAAAGUACGAAAGGGCAAGCGCCAGCUGGAGAGAGCCCCUUCAUGGUCCUGGGCUAGUGUCGAUGCUAAGGUUCACUUUGAUGCCCUUGAAGCGGACGACAAUCUAAAAUGUUUGCUUCGCGUCAAAAGCGUUCAACAUCAGGAUUAUACUGUUGAACCAACAACUCAUGAGCCCCCAAGCUGCCGCCUUGCGAUCAACGCCCCACUCAUUCGGGCAACCGUCUUCGUGCAAGAAUCUUCCGGCUAUAGUCUAAAGCCAGAAGACUACAGACCCCCAAAUACUCAAGACGGACAAGUUUGGGUAGUUAGAAUCUAUGACCACGACGAUGGCGCGCCCUUCGGGUGGUAUAUUGAAGAUAUGAACGAACUAUUCGCAACCCCUCCACCCCGAUGGCCUCCAUUCCCACGAGGCGAUGUGGCAAGCACGAUAUUUUUCCUAGCAGUUUGGUGUCGAGAGGAAGACGCCUUAAAACCUAAAACACUAUAA